AUGGCGGCUGUGGGACUCGUGAUACCCAAGGCGGCCCCUGUGGUGAUUGCGGGCCUGGGUUCUCUGGCGGUCUUCGUCAAGAAGAAAAUCGGAAAGGGGAAGAAACGAGGCGAUGACGUUCGCGCCGAAGACGAGGCGAAGACGAGGAGGAGGGAGGUCGAUGCCGACACGCUCGCCGAGCUCAAGGCUGAGCUUAGGGAGGCUAUGGCCAUGCUCGCGGAGCAGAAGCGGACGAUCGAGCACCAGCGGAAGGAGAUCCUGGCGAUGAAGCGCGAACGGGCCGAUGCCCAGUUUCACGGGUUCAUAACGUCCACGGCAACCCCGGCCGCAAAGGGAGGCGGGUCCAGCCCCAAGGGCGUUCUUUCGCUCCAGAACUCUCCCACAUCCACCGCAACCACCCCCGAGUCGGAUCGCGUCGGCUCAAAGACCAACUCCGAAGGGGAGGUGCAUUCGCCCGAGCAGGUUGUCGCGCACCUCGUGGCGGAUGCCAUCGACAACGUCGUCAAGGCGGACAUGUACGCGGACCUGCCUGACGUGCCCGAGGGGGACGAGGACGCGUUGGACGACGCGGUGGACGACGCGAUGGACGAGGAGGAAGACUUCGAGGACGCGUGGGCGGGUGUGCCGAGGGGAGGCGCGGGGCCCGGCUCUGACUUGUUCGACGUGAGGUCGCACGGCGCGGCGUCGGGGGUGAGCGCGCUGAGCACGGUGACCGCGGUGCAGGCGGCGCUGGUCAAGACGCACCAGAAGAUGGUGCUCAUGCAGCGCAUCAAGCAGCACAGGUGA